CAAUGCUCUCAAGAGCCUCAUGGAGAAAUACACCACAUGAUGACCCAGAAGAUCAAGUCUUUUUCAGUAUGGAAUGAUACACAAAAUAUUGUCUCUGUGCCAUUAGGAUGAACACACUUUCCACUUAUGUUAUCAAUAAAAAAUGCCUUUAUUUUCCAAGCUGGCAUUGGAGUCUCAGCCAACACCUUCCUUCUUCUCCUGCACAUAUUCACACUCCUUCAGCACCGCAGGCCUAAGCCCACUGACCUGGUCACUUGUCACUUGGCCUUUGUCCACAUAGUGUUGCUCCUCACUGUAGUGGAUGUUUCGCCUGUAGACGUGUUCGAAUCACUGAAUUUUGGGAAUGACUUCAAAUGUAAGGCUUUAUUUUACACAAGCAAGGUGAUGAGGGGCCUCUCCAUCUGCAGCACCUGCCUCCUGAGUGUGCUCCAGGCCGUCACCAUCAGCCCCAGCACCUCCUGGCUGGCAAGGUUUAAACGUAGACUCACAAAGUACAUUAUUCAUAUUUUCUUAUUUUUUUGGUUCCUCAAUCUGUCUGUCAGCAGUAACCUCAUAUUCACUGUGGUUUCUUUCAAUGUGACCCAGACAAACCUGCUGAAGGUCAGUAGACACUGCUCACUGUCCCCCAGGAGCUUCAUCCUCAGGUGUGUAACGUUCACACUGAGCACCUCCAGGGAUGUCUCCUGUGUAGGAAUCAUGCUGCUCUCAAGUGCGUACAUGGUGACUGUCUUGUGCAAGCAUCGGAAGCGAUCCCGGCACCUGCACAGCCCUGGCCUCACCCCAGCCACCUCUCCAGAGAAGAGGGCCACCCAGACCAUCCUGCUGCUGGUGGGUUUCUUUGUGGACCUUCUUUCCAUGUACUUUAUGGACCUUAUCACCUCAUUCAUCUCAACUCUGUUAUGGACGUAUGACCCAGUCAUCAUGAGUGUCCAGAAGUUUGUUUUCAAUGCCCAUGCCACUGCUAUCCCUCUGGUACAAAUCAGUUCUGAUAAAAGAAUAAUUGACAUUCUCCAAAAUAUGCAAUCACAGUUUCAUCAAUUUUUAAUGUUAGUGAUGUAAAACAUUUUC